CUUAGGCACGAAACUCGAACCGAACAAACAAAUGUGAUUAUUGGAAUAUCCCAUGUAUAGUCCACUUUGGAUAACCUUUCUGGAAAAGAGCCUACUCCUUUUGGUAUUCAACCCCAUCCACAUUUCCUUAAAAUAAUAAUACUAAUAAUUUUAAAAAAAAACCACCUACAUCAUCCAUAACAGGUAAGAGAAUGAAGGGACCCACACAAGUCACAAAUGCGGGCAUUUACUUCGAUCGCCUAUAUGUUACUAACCAUGCACCAUGUUACCAAACAGCUUGUCCCAUCAAAUAGAAAUAGAAUAGUCUGGAGAAUAAGCUGAACUUAGAGCCAAGUUUUUUUUUUUUUUUUUAAAUAAUAAGCUGAGAAUGUUUUGGCUUCAACAAAUUUUAGCAAUUGACUUUUUGUGACCAAAAUACUAAGUGGUGAUUUACUCCCUAUCUAACUUCGCAUGACAAUUUGAACCCUUUCUUCCACCUAAACCCUAAGAUGCAGCAUCAGUAAAUACAGAUCCUUGUUGACCCUGGUGCUUCCACUGCCAAAAUUUACCCCAUCCUCUCAUGCUUAUGAAAUUAAGACGGACGAUCAUAUCAAAUUAGGACAGACAAUAAUCAAUCAUGUUAGGUUAUACGAUACAUAAAACUUUUUUAACUAGGAUUGUAGGGCUUUACCCCGAAGGGAGCCCUUCCAGAAAUUCUCAAUGCCCUAGGCCAAGCCCAGGUCAAAGAGGGGGUUUGGAAAUAGUUUUCAACCAGCAAUAGACGCGCCUCGGUUAGAACCUCACUAGCUGCGUCAUUGCCCCAAGCGCAAAGAUAGAAAGUACCGAGUCCCCAGGCGGCCUUUUAUACUGCACUGCUCUCUUGGGUCUCCCAUACCAAGUCGAUGUGGGAUGUAAGACAAAUCCUACAAAUAGACGUAAUCGAGGCAAGACACACCAAUCAAUCCCACUUGAGGCUUCUAAAUCAGAGACUUCUAAAUUUUAAGUUCAGCUUAUUAUUUAAAGCAACCAUCAGUUCUCCAGCAAAAUCCUUCAAUGAAGUUACCGACAAGAAGCAGGCUGCACUCUAACAUUAAGGGCGCCAGUGACUUCGCAGUCUAGAUACUAUAUUGAGAACAAGAUUGCAUCCAGCGCUCAUAGAUAAGGAUAGUUUCACUAGCUUCCUAUUCCAAAAUGCCAUCAGAUUCACUGAUAAUAUCUAGAAACCCCCAGUAAGGAGUAAAGUUUGAUGAUAAGCUUAGCAGUUGAAUUUCUUGUGAUCCUUUUAGAUCGCAGUACACUAGAACGCUGUUUAGAUCAUACACCAAUAUUACGAAACCAAGAGUGGGCUGUUCAGCCUUCACAUUAUAACCAGACAUCAAGCAAAGAAGUGCAACAAAAGCUAACAGAAAGAGAUGGACUCUCGCUGAAGAUUAAAAAUGGGUGCAGAACUUGGUAUUUCACUGUCCUCCGAAGAAAAUGGAGAAGGAUAUCUUAACAGUCACUGCAAGAUGUAUAUAUAAGAGCCCCAAGCAGAAAUCUUUUUAGGGCCACGAAUGGCAAAUACAGCACAAUAUCUAGAAGAAAUCUGAACCUAAAAUGAAAGCAAAGGAGACAUCAGUUGAUGGUUUUAAUUAACAGUUUAAUAUCUUCUGAUUGCAUUUGAUGAUUGAAAUGUAGAAUGUUAUUCAGAU